AUGGACCAAGAAGCAACACUACACUUGCUUCAAGAUCCCGCUAUUCGUCGUUUUUACACCAACUAUGUUGGCAUUAGCAAUGACAAGGACCUUGUUCGACAUUGGCAAGCCAUUCGUUCCCGUUUAAGCGAGUAUGGUCCCAGGUACAAGUGUAUCAACUUUUACAAGUUUGUCGGGUCUCGACUGGCAAGCAGAUUCUAUUACCGCGAACUUGUUGAUAUGACAAAACAAGGUUGCCAAGCACCUGUUGUCCUCGAUCUCGGUUGCUGCACAGGCACCGAUCUACGACGGCUGAUGUUUGACGGCUAUCCCGGUGACAGGCUCUACGGCAUUGAUCUGAACAAGCACUAUAUUGAGAGUGGCUAUGAUCUGUUUCGCGACCGUGCCACUUGUCCAAUCACAUUCAUUGCUGGCGAUAUUUUAAGCACAACUGCAACUACUACACCUACUAGUAUAUCAUCCACCAUCAAUAACAAGUUUACCCAAAAAGCCGGCGUGGUCUACACCGGCAGCAUGAUCCAUCUCUUGUCACUCGACCAAUUGCAUACCCUGAUCCACCAUAUUUCCACACAUCUCCUCGACCCAGCCGGCGGCAUCUUUAUAGGCACCCACGUGGCAGCCGACACAACAACAUCCAUGACACGAAGAGGGAAUACCAAACAGUUUAUUGCGGUGCAGGAUUUCAAAGAUGUAUUGGAAAAACAUCAGUUUGUCGAUAUCCAGCUGUGCAAAGAACCGCGUCGAAGGGACCCGGAUGAAAAUAGUACGACGUUGGAUACAUUUUGGCUUUCGUUCAAAUGUCGACUCGUCACGGCUACUGCUGCUGCUGCUGCUGCUGCGGAUAAAGAAGAAGGAGACAAUGAUGAUGCUGUUUGUUGUGAUGAUGAUGAUAAUGAUGGUAGUAGUAAUCGUUGUGGUGGUGGUGGCAGUCGUAGUAGUAGUAGUGGUAAUAGGAGAAGUUGA